GUCAAACACGGUGACCAUGACGAGCAUUAUGGGUUUGGAAAAACUAGCGGAGUUUUACCAAACGAAGGACCCAAUCCCGUUGACCGUGAACCCCGGGGGGCAAAAUCCGAAGAUGACAAAAAGCACGACAGGAUGCUGUGGACUGAGCCCGAAUAUGGUUGCGGUACUAUAGAAGCAGCUCCAGAAGAUGUUUUAUUCUCGUACUAUGCAUGACAAGUUCUUCUUCUUCAUCUUCUUCUUACUAGAAACAGGUUUAUGAAAGUGUUUACCUGUAUUCUAUCAUCCUCCACCAGCUCCAAAACCAAAAUAAUUCUAUACAGUGGAUAAAUUUUACCAUGCAUGAACCGCCUUUCACAAAAUCACAUCUCAGUUUCUUUCCUCCCCCGCCUGUUCGGGCUGCAUCGCGACCGCCCUCCGUAUAUGAAUUGCAAAUAUGUGUGGGUCUGGACGAAGGUGGUAACUUGUCAUGGUAAAUCUGAAGCAUACAAGAAUCUGUGUUGCAUGAGUGCCAAAAGCUGUCCACUUUCGACCAAGUUGGGAGGGAGGUUCUCAUGCAGGAUAGGCAUGGCAGAGACCUCGCAGAGUCUGUCAUGCUAAGUCCUGCAUUCCGGACCUCAUGGGUCAUGGAAAAUCUGCACUGCAAGUUUACACUCUUCCAGACCCAGACACUUUUGCACAGGAUACCGUAACCGCGCGAAAACCGACCACAGAAUACACCACUACCUGCCCUACAUGCUGGCGGUCAUUCCCCAUUUCGAAUCUAUGGAUGUGUCAGGAUCGAAAUCAAGAAAAUCGAAAUAAUUUGUGAUGCAUAAAAUGGAUACCACUUGAGGCCGCAGUUUCCAAGUGGCGCAUGACAAUUUCGGGAGCACCAAGAUCCAGUCUGUCAUGCUGUUUGGGCAAAGAAGACUGCUCCUCUCAUGCUACUCUGGCAGCGCACUCCAUACCCCAAAACAGGCUUGCAAUCGGCCUCAUUUGCCUGCUCCCCAACACAGGCCUUACGUGCCCUACAUUUUACGCAUUACAAAUUUUUCGAUUUUGGCGAUUUCGGUCCUGACACUCUCAUAGAAUCCCACCGUGCGGUAAUGAAGUGCGUCGCCUCGGCAAUCUGCAUGGCCUUUCUCGCGGGCUCUAGCUAUGUGCCGGCGUCGAGAGCAAAGACCGACAAGACGACUGCCGACACAACCGAGAACAACAACAACGGGGUGCCUCUUGAUGAGCUCUUUAUCGAAUUGGAACAGAAGGGCACCUGGUCAGCUUUGUAUGUCUUAGGUGCGUUGCCGUACGAAGUUUCCGUGUGGACCCGAUCUGCGGUGAAUAAAGCGGCGAUGCUGAAGCGAUUGAGGAACGACCAGAAUAACGCUAGCAAUAAUAACAACAACAUCCCCUACGCCGUCAGGAUGCUGAAUGUUUUGGAAAAAAUUACCGUUGGCAGGAUUUUCGAGCCGGCGAAUUCCGGACAAAUGCUGACAAAAGAGCAG